GUUACUUGCGGAACUAGAACAACACGAAAAUCAAGAUUUUGAAAUGUCGAAAUGUCUGGCUACGUCUCUCAAAGUCGUCAUCUACAUCUUGAAAACAUGGGUACCAAGCCAGCCUAGAGGUAUUGCUGAUCUUUUAUUUGAUCUAGAAGACAAACAAGGCAGUGAGUGGAUGAAGAAUGAUCCUGAACAUGCCAUCGGGUUCCUGUCCUCUUUAUUUUGGGCAGCCCACCUCACAACACGAGCAUCUACGCAAGGCUUAUUUCUCUGCCUCGCCAAUUACCCAUCUGUGACCAAGAAACUUCACGACGAGAUUGAUCAUGUGUUAGGUGAUAGAAGACCGACUCUUGAGGACAAAAAUAACAGGCCUUACACGGAGGCAACCAUUCUAGAAAGCUUACGCCUCAUUAGUCAAGUUCCUAUGGGAGCCGUGAGACUGACUUCUGAGGAUGUUAAUAUUGACAGAGUAACCAUCCCCAAAGACACACUGGUUCUCCUUAAUACCUGGUUCUACCAUCACAAUGAAGAAAUUUAUGAAGAUCCGUGGACAUUCAAACAAGAACGCUUCCUGGACGACUUUGGUCAGAUCCUACCUCAAGACCAUACACUAAGGAAAAA